UCCACAGCAAAACCAAGGACAAAAAGGCAAUCUCUGUUUCGCGAUGGAAGCCCAGACAGAGCGAAGCAAACCCUAAUUGCCGAAGAAGACGAAGGACAAAGAAGAAGAAAUUUUUCUUUAGGAUCCCCACGAGCCUUCCGAAUCUGGAUAUCAGAAGAAUAAGAGUGUUCAGUUUCGAAUGAGAGAAGCUGCUGCUGAUAAUUGCUAUUGUUAUAAUUUAUAUUUGAAGAAGGCGAUAUGUCUCACCAGUCAUCUCGGCUUCAUCGGCUUCUCACUCUGUUGGACACUGGUUCGACCCAAGCUACAAGGCUCACAGCGGCUCGACAGAUUGGGGAUAUUGCAAAAUCCCAUCCUCAAGACUUGAACUCACUGUUGAGGAAGGUUUCUCAAUAUCUCCGUAGUAAAAAUUGGGAUACAAGGGUUGCUGCUGCUCAUGCUAUUGGCGCCAUUGCUGAGAAUGUGAAGCAUUCAUCUUUGUCUGAAUUAUUUGCUUGUGUUGGAAAAAGAAUGUCGGAAGCAGGUAUUUCUGGUGAAGUCGAAGAUGUGGUGGCAUGGCCUGAUUAUCAUCCCAAAAUUAUGGCUGGCAGUCCAUUUAGAAGCUUUGAUAUUAACAAGGUGCUGGAGUUUGGUGCAUUAUUGGCAUCUGGGGGACAGGAGUAUGAUAUUGCAAGUGAUAAUACCAAGAAUCCAAGGGAUCGAUUGGCUCGUCAGAAACAAAAUCUUCGACGUCGUUUGGGUUUGGACAUGUGUGAGCAGUUCAUGGAUGUCAAUGAUAUGAUACGAGAUGAAGACCUUAUUGUACAUAAGUUUAACCCCCAAGGAAAUGGAAUAGAUAACAGAUUUAACAAUUCACAAUCUGUUCAUAGUAUUCAACGACUGGUUGCUAAUAUGGUUCCCACUAUCAUAUCUAAAAGGCCAAGUGCAAGGGAAUUGAAUCUCUUAAAACGAAAGGCAAAAAUAAAUUCGAAAGACCAAACAAAAGGUUGGUCUGAGGAUGGAGAUACAGCAGAAGUGUUGACAACACCUAAGGAAUCCUGUCCAGAAUCCUUACAUUCAGACAAGGUAUUCAUGGAUCCUAUUGUAGACGAAGACAACUUUGACCAUGAUGGAGAUGGGCGAUGGCCUUUCCAUAGUUUUGUUGAACAACUUCUACUUGAUAUGUUUGAUCCAGUGUGGGAGAUUCGCCAUGGUAGUGUCAUGGCUUUGAGAGAAAUUUUAACCCAUCAAGGUGCUUCUGCUGGAGUGUUGAUGCCUGACCUUAGCUCAGGUGCUGCAUCAUUUAUUGAAUUAAAAGAAAAAGAUAAUUCAAACACAUUAAAGAGAGAGAGAGAGAUUGAUUUGAAUAUGCAAGUUCCAGCCGAUGAAUCAGAGCCAAACUUGAAAAGGCUGAAGUCUGAAGAUCUAUCAUCUCCAUUGAUGGAUACAGUGGGUUCUGCUGGCAAUCAUGCUAACUUGGAUAUCAGAAUAAGGGUUGAAGACAGUGGAUGCAAUUUGCCUGCUUGGCAAGCUAAUGGAGAACUUGAUGUUAGUUCUGUUAAGGUGAAGCCUGAAUCUUAUAUUGAUGGUGCAUGUUUUCCAUGUAAAGAAGAUGUUGACAUGGGUGGUGGACUGAAGGGUGAUCAUGAAGAUAAGAAUUGCAUAGGAAAGAUGGAUGUACUGAAAAAUCUUCCAGAAAAUUGUGAGCUGAUGAACUUGAUUAAGGUGGCUAGGCAUUCUUGGCUUAAAAAUAGUGAAUUUCUUCAAGAUUGUGCGAUUCGGUUUUUGUGUGUAUUGUCCUUAGACCGGUUUGGAGACUAUGUAUCUGAUCAAGUUGUUGCACCAGUGCGAGAAACUUGUGCUCAAGCAUUAGGUGCUGUGCUUAAAUACAUGCAUCCCCCAUUGGUUCAUGAAACAUUGAAUAUCUUGCUACAAAUGCAGUGUAGACCAGAAUGGGAGAUUCGUCAUGGGAGCCUUUUGGGUAUCAAGUAUUUGGUUGCUGUGCGACAGGAGAUGCUUCAUAAUUUGCUUGCCCAUGUUCUUCCUGCUUGUAAAACUGGGCUGGAGGAUCCCGAUGAUGAUGUCAGAGCAGUUGCUGCAGAUGCUUUAAUACCUACUGCAGCUUCUAUUGUCUCUCUAAAGGGUCAAACAUUGCAUUCUAUUGUUAUGCUGCUUUGGGAUAUUUUGCUUGACCUGGAUGAUCUAAGUCCAUCCACUAGCAGUGUAAUGAAUCUGUUGGCAGAAAUCUAUUCUCAGGAAGAGAUGAUUCCUAAGAUGUUUGGGGCAUUGGCAUCAAAAGAGAAACAAGAACUUGAUCUGAAUGAAGUAGUUUGCAUUGAUGAUCUUGGGGAAGGGAUAAAUAUCCAGGAAAAUCCUUAUAUGUUGUCGACUCUGGCACCACGAUUGUGGCCAUUUAUGAGGCAUAGUAUCACCUCAGUCCGAUAUUCAGCUAUUCGUACUUUGGAGCGGCUUCUUGAAGCUGGGUACAAAAAGAACAUCUCUGAACCCUCAACUAGUUCUUUUUGGCCGUCUUUUAUUUUGGGCGAUACAUUGAGGAUUGUUUUUCAGAACUUGCUGCUAGAAUCAAAUGAGGAAAUUUCACAAUGUUCUGAGAGGGUUUGGAGGCUUCUUCUUCAGUGCUCGGUGGGUGACUUGGAAGAUGCUGCAAGGUCAUAUAUAUCUUCUUGGAUAGAAUUAGCAACCACUCCCUAUGGCUCACCAUUGGAUUCUACAAAAAUGUUUUGGCCUGUGGCCCUUCCUCGAAAAAGUCAUUUCAGGGCAGCAGCUAAAAUGAGAGCUGUGAAGCUUGAAAAUGACUCUUGCAGAAACAUUGGCUUGGAUUUUACAAAAGAAACUAAUUUGCAAGAAAGAAAUGGAGAUUCUUCUGCCAAUUCUGUUAAGAUAAUUGUUGGUGCUGAUUUGGAAAAGUCAGUGACCCAUACUCGAGUAGUUACAGCAGCUGCGUUGGGCAUUUUUGCAUCUAAGUUGCAUGAGGGCCCUAUUCAAUAUGUGAUUGAUCCAUUGUGGAAGGCCCUUACCUCUUUAUCUGGAGUCCAACGGCAGGUGGUUUCUAUGGUUCUUAUUUCUUGGUUUAAGGAGAUAAAAAGCAGGGAUGGCAUUGUGCCUGGUUUGCCCAGUUAUCUUAAAAACUGGUUAUUUGAUUUGUUAGCCUGCACUGAUCCCGCAUUCCCUACAAAAGAUUCUCUUGCUCCCUAUUGUGAGCUUUCAAGAACAUACACUAAGAUGCGUGGUGAAGCAAGUCAGUUGUUCCGUGCUGUAGAGUCUUCUGGCCUGUUUGAGAAUUUGUUAUCAACAACAAAAGUUGACCCAGAAAGCUUGACUGCAGAUGAUGCAAUGAGUUUUGCAUCAAAACUCUCACUGCUAGUCGGUGAUACUUCUGGAGAGGAAUCUAUGGGAAGGAACAUUGUUGAUGACUUAGAAUCAUUAAAACAAAGACUUUUAACUACUUCAGGCUACUUAAAAUGUGUUCAGAGUAAUUUGCAUGUUAGUGUAUCGGCCUUAGUUGCAGCUGCAGUUGUCUGGAUGUCAGAGCUUCCUGCAAAACUUAAUCCAAUUAUUUUGCCUUUGAUGGCUUCUGUUAAAAGGGAGCAGGAGGAAAUACUGCAACAGAAGGCAGCUGAGGCACUUGCGGAGCUUAUUUGCCGUUGUAUUACACGUAGACCUGGUCCAAAUGAUAAGUUGAUUAAGAAUCUUUGUAGUUUGACAUGCAUGGAUCCUUGUGAGACACCUCAAGCUGGAGCCAUUAGUUCCAUGGAGGUUAUUGAAGAUCAAGAUCUUCUCUCAUUUGGGAGUAGUACGGGUAAACAGAAGUCAAAGGUUCAUAUUCUAGCUGGUGGUGAAGACAGAUCAAAGGUUGAGGGCUUUAUUAGCAGACGAGGGUCUGAACUUACAUUGAAGCAUUUGUGUGAAAAGUUUGGUGCUUCAUUGUUUGAUAAGCUUCCCAAACUAUGGGAUUGCCUUACUGAAGUUCUUAAACCUGGUAGUAUUGCAGAGUUAACUCCUGAAGAUGAAAAUGAAACUAAGCCAGUUUUUGAAUCCAUUAAGGAUCCUCAGAUCUUGAUAAAUAAUAUCCAGGUGGUACGUUCUAUCUCUCCUAUGCUGGAGGAGACAGUGAAACCAAAACUGCUCACACUUCUACCGUGCAUUUUCAAAUGUGUUCGCCAUUCCCAUGUUGCUGUUCGAUUAGCUGCUUCCCGGUGUAUCACUUCAAUGGCCAAGUCAAUGACAACAAGCGUCAUGGGAGCUGUAAUUGAAAAUGUCAUUCCUAUGUUGGGAGAUAUGUCAUCUGUUCAUACCAGACAAGGUGCUGGUAUGCUUGUUAAUUUGCUUGUUCAGGGAUUGGGUGUGGAGUUGGUUCCCUAUGCUCCUUUGCUAGUUGUUCCUCUCCUCAGGUGUAUGAGUGAUUGUGAUCAUUCAGUCAGGCAGAGUGUGACACAUAGUUUUGCCGCCCUUGUUCCUCUUCUUCCAUUAGCUCGGGGUGUUUCUCCACCUGUUGGACUGAGUGAAAGUUUAUUGAAAAAUACUGAAGAUGCACAAUUUCUUGAGCAACUUCUUGACAACUCCCACAUUGAUGAUUACAAGCUCUCUACUGAAUUAAAAGUGACACUGAGGAGGUAUCAACAGGAAGGUAUAAAUUGGUUGGCUUUUCUAAGACGUUUCAAGCUUCAUGGGAUCUUAUGUGAUGAUAUGGGCCUUGGUAAAACACUUCAAGCUUCGGCAAUUGUGGCAUCUGACAUAGAAGAGCACCGUACCUCAAAAGAUGGCGCAUAUCCUCCAUCUUUAAUUAUUUGCCCAUCAACACUUGUUGGACACUGGGCCUAUGAGAUAGAAAAGUAUAUUGACUCUUCUGUCAUAACUACACUUCAAUAUGUUGGUUCUGCUCACGACCGCAUGUCUUUACAAGGUCUUUUUGAAAAGCAUAAUGUCAUCAUAACAUCAUACGAUGUGGUCCGUAAAGACGUUGAUUAUCUUGGGCAGCUUCUCUGGAAUUAUUGUAUUUUAGAUGAGGGACAUAUCAUCAAAAACUCAAAGUCUAAAAUCACGAGUGCUGUAAAACAGUUAAAAGCCCAACAUCGCCUCAUAUUGAGUGGAACACCAAUCCAGAAUAACAUCUUGGAUUUGUGGUCCCUUUUUGACUUUCUAAUGCCAGGAUUUCUUGGAACAGAGAGACAAUUUCAAGCUACUUAUGGAAAGCCGCUGCAGGCAGCUAGAGAUUCCAAAUGUUCUGCCAAGGAUGCUGAGGCAGGGGCACUAGCUAUGGAAGCAUUGCACAAGCAGGUAAUGCCUUUCCUUCUCCGGCGGACAAAGGAUGAAGUCUUGUCUGAUCUGCCAGAGAAGAUUAUUCAGGACAGAUACUGUGACCUGUGUCCUGUGCAAUUGAAACUUUAUGAACAGUUUUCUGGUUCACAUGUGAGACAUGAAAUUUCUAGUAUUGUAAAGCGGAACGAGUCUACAGACACAGGAGAAGGAAAUAGUGCUUCACCCAAAGCGUCUUCACAUGUUUUCCAGGCACUUCAAUACCUGCUAAAACUUUGUGGUCAUCCAUUGCUUGUUGUUGGUGAAAAGAUCCCAGAUUCACUUACAACCAUUUUGUCAGAAUUCUUUCCUGGCACUUCUGACAUUAUGUCCGAACUUCAUAAACUCCACCACUCUCCUAAAUUGAUUGCUCUUCAUGAGAUUUUGGAAGAGUGUGGAAUAGGUGUGGAUGCUUCAAGUUCCGAAGGGGCUGUUAGUGUUGGGCAGCACAGAGUUCUGAUAUUUGCUCAGCAUAAGGCAUUCCUGGACAUAAUUGAAAGAGACUUGUUUCACACCCAUAUGAAGAGUGUCACUUACUUGCGACUGGAUGGUUCUGUUGAACCAGAAAAACGUUUUGAAAUUGUGAAAGCUUUCAAUUCAGACCCAACUAUUGAUGUGUUGCUGCUUACAACUCAUGUGGGUGGGCUUGGUUUGAACUUGACUUCAGCUGACACCCUCGUUUUUAUGGAGCAUGACUGGAAUCCAAUGCGAGAUCAUCAGGCAAUGGACAGAGCGCACAGGUUAGGUCAGCGAAAAGUUGUAAAUGUCCAUCGUCUAAUCAUGCGUGGAACUCUGGAAGAGAAAGUUAUGAGCCUCCAAAGGUUCAAGCUGUCAGUUGCUAAUUCUGUCAUUAAUUCUGAGAAUGCCAGUAUGAAAACAAUGAAUACGGAUCAGUUGCUUGAUCUAUUCACAUCUGCAGAGGCAUUGAAAAAGGGAGCUGCUCAAUCGAAGCGUUCAGAUGGCAACUUUGAUGGUGACCCGAAAUUUGUGGGUAGUGGGAAGGGGUUGAAAGCCAUCCUGGGUGGAUUGGAAGAGCUGUGGGAUCAUUCACAGUACACUGAAGAAUACAAUCUGAGCAAUUUCUUGACAAAGCUGAACGGGUGAGGAAGGUGAGGCAGGUGGCAGCCUGUGUACAAAUUGUAUAUUUCUGGAGGUAGAGAGAGAGCCUUAGAUUUUGCCAUUGCUACUGCAAUUCUUUUUGCAAUUUUCUUUUCAUUUUUCUCGUUCCAUCUAUAUAUGCAUUUGUAUUUGUGCCAAGGCUGGGAAAAACAAUAUAUGUUUUUGAGGGGUUAGUGCGGGAGUCAGCCUGGCCAAUAGGGGGCAAUUGGUAGGGGAAAGAAAAUUGUAAAUGUAGGAUUAUACUCUGUAUAUACAAUCAGCUUCUUUUUUGAGUUACUACUUC